UGCGGUGGUCGGAGACCAUGACCCAGCCGAGGCCGCCACGGCUGCAUCACAACGCGGAGCGAGACUCGGAGGCCAAGCAGCAGAGAAAGGUAGCCGAGAUCUACCAGGUCCUGGACAGUGAGCCCGUCGACAUUGCCCCCCUCCGGCGCAUGGCGAUCAGCGAAGGCGGCCUUCUCAGGGACGAGAUCCGCUGCAAAGUAUGGCCCAGACUUCUCAACGUCAACACCGGCGACCUGCUGCCUCCGCCAGAGGAAGAACUUCGGGAAAAAAGCAAAGAUUAUCAGCAAGUCCUGCUGGAUGUGAGGCGAUCCCUCCGGCGUUUCCCGCCAGACAUGCCAGAUGAACAGAGAGAGGGCCUUCAGGAGGAGCUGAUAGACUGCAUCCUCCAGGUUCUGCAACGCAACGCACAACUCCACUAUUACCAGGGAUACCAUGACAUCGUGGUCACCUUUCUGCUGGUGGUGGGGGAGAGGUUGUCGGCUACCCUGGUGGAAAAACUUUCAACCCAUCAUCUCAGGGAUUUUAUGGACCCGACCAUGGAGAACACCAGACACAUUUUAAAUUACCUGAUGCCCAUCAUAGACCAAGUGAACCCAGAUCUCCACGAUUUCAUGCAGAGAGCUGAAGUGGGAACCAUCUUCGCCCUCAGCUGGCUGAUCACCUGGUUCGGGCACGUCUUGUCCGACUUCAAGCACGUGGUGCGGUUAUACGACUUCUUCCUGGCCUGCCACCCGCUGAUGCCCAUCUACUUUGCCGCCGUGAUUGUGCUCCACCGGGCCCCGGAGGUCCUGGCCUGCGACUGUGACAUGGCUUCCGUCCACCACCUGCUCUCCCAGAUCCCCCAGGAUCUUCCUUACGAGACGCUCAUCAGUCGGGCCGGCGACCUCUUCGUUCAGUUCCCGCCUUCCAAGCUCGCCCAGGAAGCUGCUCAGCUGCAGGCCGAGAGGACGGCCGUUUCCACCUUCAAGGACUUUGAGCUGGCUUCCUCCCAACAGCGGCCGGACACCGUCCUGCGUCAGCGCUUCCGAGAGCAACUCCGGGUGGAAGAGAGAGCCAAGUCCCUCUUAGCGACCAAGCCCAGGACCAACCGUUUCGUCAAGCUGGCCGUGAUGGGGCUGACGGUCAUGCUGGGGGCGGCUGCGGUGGCGGUGGUCAAGAGCGCCCUGGAGUGGGCGCCCAAAUUCGAGCUCCAGAUCUUUCCCUAGGGCUGAAGGAAGGAAG